UUUUAUUUCUCCCAUUCUUCCUCCUCCCUACAUAUCCCCCAUUACCUCGCCCCUCGCCAUGCAAUAUGUCGCAAGUCCCCAGGAGUAUCCCGAUACUCCCAGCCAAUCCUCGACCUCGGCCAGAAUUCCUUCUCCAAGAGCUUUCGAUGUUGUGACAGCGUACAGACGAGCUUUGGAGGAUGACAAGGUUCCCCACCCUAUCGCUGCCAUCUUGGCCCUCGUUGAGCUCAUGGAGGCUUCCACGGCUUCCACUGUAACUGGUCUCGCUUCCGAACUCACCGUUGGUCGACAGGCUUUGAUCAAUACCCAAGCGAGUCUUGGUGUUCGAGCAGGCUGCCAGCUGUGGGAAAGAUUCUUUGCUCUUUUUCCUGGUGUCGGCGAGGAUUUCCCCGCUUAUAAAAAAUCACUGAUUUCACAAGGCCGUUCGUUCUGUGCCAUUACGGCUCCUCAAUGUCGAGAGAAGAUUGCAGAGCUGGCCGUUGGUUUCCUUCGUGACGAUUGUGUGAUUCUUACCCACAGCUACUCAAGGACAGUCAUUCAGACAAUCUUGAGAGCACACAAGCAACACAAGAGAAUACGUGUCUAUGUCACAGAAGCCCGUCCUGGGUGUCUUGGGAUGAAAACACACCAAUUCCUUACUGCUAACGGCAUUCCUUGUACUGUUGUACUUGACAGCGCUGUUGCCUAUGUGAUGGAGCGUGUCGAUAUGGUGCUUGUUGGAUCAGAAGCUGUUGUCGAGAGUGGUGGCCUCGUUUCUUCUGUGGGGACCUACCAAGUGGCUCUCGUAGCCAAAGUCAUGCAAAAGCCCUUUUACGCCCUCGCAGAAUCAUAUAAAUUCCUUCGUCACUACCCUCUUUCGCAAACCGACUUGCCUAUACCAGCUUCCUCUGACCGGCCCGCUAUCCCUCUCGAGUUCCCGUCCACCAUUCCUGAUACCCAGUUCAUCCCUGGUUUCCUCUCGCGAGGCAGCAGCUUGACUCCUCAGUCAAGAAGUCCUCAAGCACCGGCGACACCCCCACACGCCGUCGGUGGUGGUGGUGUUGGUGUAGACGGAGGAAAGAAAUAUGAGAGGAUGGAGAUGACGAAAGAGAUGGAAGAGAUUAACCCGAUGGUGGAUGUGACGACCCCAGACUUGAUUGACUUUAUUAUUACCGAUCUGGGAGAGCCUUUAAGCCCUACGUCUGUCAGUCAGUACCUCGUCGCGCAGUUCUCUUCAUGAGGUUUUACGUCAACGUAGCGGGGUCGUAUGCAUGCACGUAUAUAAAUGACUAG